AUCCGAGUGAGUACAGAGGUGGAGAGCACCGUGCACCGGGAGGGCAGAGCACCCUGGAGGGACAAGUGGACAAGCUGAGUGUUGCUCAGAGCAUGCGCAAGGGGUUGGCUGACUAACAGCCCCAAGUGGCACUGGAAGAUAUUCCCAACUCAGGGAGACCGAGCUCCGGCUUGCUUACUUGCUAUACAAAAUGAUAUUCCUCACAGCACUGCCUAUGUUCUGGAUUAUGAUUUCAGCCUCCAGAGGAGGUCACUGGGGUGCCUGGAUGCCCUCAUCCAUCUCGGCCUUCGAGGGCACGUGCGUCUCCAUCCCCUGCCGCUUCGACUUCCCUGAUGAGCUCCGGCCAGCUGUGGUGCACGGAGUGUGGUACUUCAACAGCCCCUACCCCAAGAACUACCCCCCGGUGGUCUUCAAGUCUCGAACUCAAGUUGUCCACGAGAGCUUCCAGGGCCGCAGCCGCCUGCUGGGGGACCUAGGCUUGCGAAACUGCACCCUCCUGCUUGGCACCCUCAGCCCGGAACUGGGCGGCAAGUAUUACUUCCGAGGGGACCUGGGCGGCUACAACCAGUACACCUUCUCAGAGCACAGCGUCCUGGACAUCAUCAACACCCCCAACAUCGUGGUGCCCCCGGAGGUGGUGGCAGGGAAGGAAGUGGAGAUCAGCUGCAUGGUGCCAGACAACUGCCCGGAACUGCGGCCUGAGCUGACCUGGCUGGGCCACGAGGAGCUGGGGGAGCCGAGUGUGCUGGGUCGGCUGCGCGAGGAAGAGGGUACCUGGGUGCAGGUGUCGCUGUUGCACUUCGUGCCCACUAGGGAGGUCAAUGGACAACGACUGGGCUGCCAGGCCGCCUUCCCCAACACUACCCUGCAGUUCGAGGGCUACGCCAGCCUGGAUGUCAAGUACCCCCCGGUGAUCGUGGAGAUGAACUCUUCUGUGGAGGCCAUCGAGGGCACCCACGUCAGCCUGGUCUGUGGGGCUGACAGCAACCCGCUGCCGCUGCUGACCUGGAUGCGGGAUGGGACGGUGCUCCGGGAGGCGGUGGCCGAGAGCCUGUACCUGGAGCUGGAGGAGGUGAGCCCGGUGGAGGACGGAGUCUACGCCUGCCUGGCAGAGAACUCCUAUGGCCAGGAGAACCGCACCGUGGAGCUCAGCGUCAUGUAUGCACCCUGGAAGCCGACAGUGAAUGGAACAAUGGUAGCUGUGGAGGGGGAGACAGUCUCCAUCCUGUGCUCCACACAGAGCAAACCAGACCCUAUUCUCACCAUCUUCAAGGAGAAUCAGAUCCUGGCCACGGUCAUCUAUGAGAGUGAGCUGCAGCUGGAGCUGCCGGCAGUCACACCCGAGGAUGACGGGGAGUACUUGUGUGUGGCUGAGAACCAGUACGGCCAGAAGACCACAGUCUUCAAUGUGUCCGUGGAAUUUGCCCCCAUGAUCCUCCUGGAGUCACACUGUGCUGCAGCCCGUGACACAAUGCAGUGUCUGUGCGUGGUGAAAUCCAACCCUGAGCCAUCGGUGGCCUUCGAGCUCCCAUCACGCAAUGUGACGGUGAAUGAGACAGAGCGAGAGUUCGUGUACUCAGAGCGCAGUGGCCUCCUGCUCACUAGCAUCCUCACACUGAGGGGACAGGCCCAGGCCCCACCCCGCGUCAUCUGCACCUCCAGGAACCCGUAUGGCACCAAGAGCCUGGAACUGCCCUUCCAGGGAGCUCACCGACUGAUGUGGGCCAAGAUUGGGCCUGUGGGAGCUGUGGUUGCCUUUGCCAUCCUCAUUGCCAUCGUCUGCUACAUCACCCAGACACGAAGAAAAAAGAAUGUGACAGAGAGCCCCAGCUUCUCGGCAGGGGACAACCCCCACGUCCUGUACAGCAGCGACUUCCACAUCUCUGGGACACCAGAGAAGUAUGAGAGUGAGAGGCGCCUGGGAUCUGAGAGGAGGCUGCUGGGCCUUUGCGCGGAACCCCCGGAGCUGGACCUGAGUUAUUCCCACUCAGACCUGGGAAAACGACCCACCAAGGACAGCUAUACCCUGACAGAGGAGUUAGCUGAGUAUGCUGAAAUCCGCGUCAAGUGAGGGAGCAGGGGCAGCCCACGUGGCCUCCCCCCUCAGGACCCUCACUGGCCCUCACUGGCUGCGGGCUCCCUUCCUCCUCAAAGUGGUGGGGGCUGGGACAGAAGGGGACGGGGCAGGGGACAGUGAGGUCCUGGGGCCUGGCCUCCCUCUCCUUCCCAGCUGCCCCUCCCCACUGCACUCCCACCCCCACAUUUUGGCUCCCCUCCACCAUCCUUUAACCUCACAUGUCUUGGGGGAGCUUUGUCUGUCCGUGUUAUUUAUUGCUACCCCCUGCCUGGCCUCCUGCCCCUGCCCCUGGCCCCACGAUGUGUACAAUAGGGACAUGAAAUAAAUGUCCUGAUGCUAAAUACCA